CAGACUCCUCCAGCUGAAUCUCUCUCUUGUGGAGUGAAACUAUGGCUGAAACAUCUGUAUCAGAUGUGCAACCUGAGAUGCAGAGCAACAGCAUGGACUUCCUGAUACCUGAAAUGUCAGAGCUGAGGGUUGUUCUGCUGGGGAACAGCUGGUCUCUGAGGAGUUCAGUGGGGAACUUCAUACUGGGAGAGACUGUGUUCAACACAGAGGAAGAAGCAGACUGCUGUCAGAGAGUCAGAGGACAGGUGGAGGAGAAAGAAAUAGUUCUCAUCAACACCCCAGAUCUGCUGCUUCCUGACAUCUCUGAACACAAACUGACAGAACAUAUGAAACACUGUGUGAGACUCUGUGAUCCUGGACCUCAUGUGUUCCUGCUGGUUCUACAGCCUGAAGACUUCACUGAGGAACAGAAGGAGAGGCUCUGCAGAGUCCUUCAACUCUUCAGUGAUCAAUCAUUUGAUCGUUCACUGGUUCUGAUAUCAACACCCAGAGAGGAGAGGGCAGGUGUCCUGGAAAACUACAUGAACCAUCCACCCUUGAAGGACAUGAUCGAACUUUGUAGAGGAUUUUUAUGGAAGAAGACCACUGAACAUUCAGUGCUGUUGGCAAGCAUGGACCAAAUUGUGAAGGAGAAGAAAAGAGAACAUGUGAUGUGUAAAGCAUUUGCAGAUUCACAAUCUGCUUCACCUGGUGAUCAUCAACGACCGACACAGCAGGAAACAGUCUCAGACAAUACCAAACCAUCUUUAAACCUGGUUCUGUGUGGGAGGAGAGGAGCAGUGAAGACUUCAGCAGCCAAGGCCAUUUUAGGUCAGACAGAGCUUCAUUCAGUCUCCACCUCAUCAGAGUGUGUUAAACAUCAGGGAGAGGUGUGUGGACGUUGGGUUUCCCUGGUGGAGCUGCCUGCCUUGUAUGGAAAACCUCAGGAGGCAGUGAUGGAGGAAUCAUUCAGGUGUAUCUCCCUCUGUGAUCCUGAGGGCGUCCAUGCCUUCAUCCUGGUCCUACCUGUGGGUCCCCUCACUGAUGAAGACAAGGGAGAGUUAGAGACCAUCCAGAACACAUUCAGCUCUCCAGUCAAUGACUUCACCAUGAUUCUGUUCACUGUGGUGUCAGAUCCUACAGCUCCAGCUGUUGGUAACUUUCUAAGGGAAAAUAAGAAAAUCCAGGAGCUCUGUCAGAGCUGUGGAGGAAGAUCUGUUGUUCUCAACAUCAAGGACAAACAGCAGAUCCCAGAGCUGUUAGAUGAUGUGGAAAGGGUGAUGCUAUCUAUGGGUAGACCACAUUGCUAUACAACAGAAACAUAUGCCUUUGCCCAGACACAUAAAGGCCCUCAACAAGAAAAGAAUAUUACUACACAACAGGCUGAACCUAAGGACCUGAAACCAAAGACCACAGUCACCCAUGAAGAGAAGCAGAGUCCAGAGAGUCUCAGGAUUGUGCUGAUAGGGAAGACUGGCAGUGGAAAGAGCUCUUCAGGAAACAUCAUUCUAGGAAGAAAGGAGUUUAAAGCUGAAUCAAGUCAAACAUCAGUCACCAGGUUUUGUCAGAAAGCAGAGAGUGAAGUGGACGGUCGUCCUGUUGCUGUGGUCGACACUCCUGGUCUGUUUGAUACAACCAUGUCCCAUGAGCAAGUUAAUGAGGAGCUGGUGAAAUGUAUCAGUCUUCUGGCUCCAGGACCACAUGUCUUCCUGUUGGUGUUAGAAAUUGGCAGAUUCACACCAGAGGAGAAGGAGACACUGAAACUCAUCAAGAAAGUCUUUGGGAAAAAUUCAGAAAAAUUCACCAUCAUUCUUUUUACAAGAGGAGAUACGCUGAAACACGAGAAGCUGUCCAUUGAAGAAUAUGUUGAAAAGAAAUGUGAUGAUUCCUUUAAGAAGCUGAUCUCUGACUGUGGAAGAAGAUACCAUGUGUUUAACAACUAUGACGAACAAAACCACACACAAGUCAGUGAGCUGAUCAACAAGGUCGACACCAUGGUGAAAAAAAAUGGAGGCAGCUGCUUCACUAAUGAGAUGCUGCGAGAGGCUGAAGCAGCGAUACAGAAAGAAAUGGAGAGGAUCCUGAAGGAGAAGGAAGAGGAUAUACAAAGAGAGCAGGUAAAACUUGACAGGCAACACAAACAAGAAAUGAAAGAGAUGAGACAAAGAAUGAAAGAACAAGAAGCAGAAAUUGAAAAGCAGAGAGAACUGACAGCCAGACAUCUCGAUGAACUGAAGGGAAAAAUUAACAAGGAGAGUGAAAGGAGUAAGAAAAAACAUGACAAGAGGGAAGAAGAAGAUAGAAAGAGAACAAAACAAGAAGAAACACAGCGACAGGAGUGGGAGGAAGAGCUUAAAAUUUUGCAGGAAAAAAUUAAUUCUGCAUCAGAUGAGGAAAAGAGAACUGAGCUAGAGCAAAAGAGAGAGGAGACAAAACAGAAACAAGAAGCUUGGAGGAGGAAACAAAAGGAAUGGUGGGACAACCGCAAGAGAGAAAAGGAACAGAAACAAAAGCAGGCCCAAAGAAUACUCAAAAAGCUCCUAACAGAAUAUGAGCAGCAGAGGGAAAAAUAUGAGAACAAAAUGAAAACCGAAGAUCAAAACAGAAGAGAAGAGGAGGAAAAAGGGAGAAAAGACUUGGAGGAAAAAUAUAAGAAAAUUAAGGAUGAUAUGCAUGAGAAAUAUGAAGAGGAGGCCAGAAAACAAGCUGAAGAACACAAUGAAUUCAGAGUGAUGUACAUCAUGAACUUUGCAGGUCUGAUGAAAGAGCACAUAGAGGAAAAGGAAGCACUGAGGCAAAAGUAUGAGAGACAAAUGCAAGAGACAGAAGAGGAGCACAGCAAAGAGAUUAAACAGUUAGACCGUCUCUCAAGCCACAAGGAAAAAUGUCUAAAAGAAGAAAUGGAGGAGUUGAAGAAAAAUCAUGAUGAAGAAAUAAAAGAUUUGAAAAAGAGAUACAAAGACAAAUGUGUCAUCCUCUGAUCCCCCCACUGACUGAACUCAGGAUGAUGUUAGCAGACUCAUCAUUAAUUCAAAUACUUAGAUCCACUCAGAAAAUGACACAGUGUAAAUAUGAGAAGAGCAAAAACUAUAAACUGUUAGGUGAUCUCUCAAGUUACAAAGACGCAAAGCUAAAAGAAACUUGAACAAAAAGAAAAACAACUCAAAGAAAUGGAGGACUAUCAUCCUGUGAUAAUGGUUCCAACUUGAAACUGUCCUUUUACCUUCACAUACAGAAAUAUCUGAUUUUAUUGAUAUACUGUAUAUGCAGCGUUUAAGGAAGGAAGAUUUGUGUUUGUGGAUUACACUCGAGUCAUUUAUGUCUGUGUAAUUUAACUGUGUGAGUUAAAUUUUGUGUUCUACUCUUUAAAUCCUCCUUUAAACAAAACAAGAACUACAUACUGUUUCAUGAAUUUAAAUGUUGAAAUUCUGGAGCGGAAGCACUGAAUUUUUCUUACUUUCUUCCUUCUUUCUUUGUCAGUUGUCAGGAAACCUUGCUGAUACAGCAUUUGCUAGUUACGUCUUGUCUCAGGAAAGAAAUACAACAAACGUUAUAAUAAAAGUGACCUUCGAGGUGAAGCUGAAUUGUAGACUUAACUAUGUAAACAAAAAUAUACAAUAAAAGACCCUCGUAGCCCUCA